AUGCUGCCCACGCCCUUCUCGGUGCGGGACAUCCUCAGCCUGCAGCGCCCCGAGGUGCCCGGGGGACCCCGCGCCGCGCCCCGAGCCCCCCGCAGCCCCGGCGGGCAGGAGGAGCCGCCUAAAAUCCCAAAAAUUUCCUCUGCUCCCGUUUCCCGGUCGCAGAGGAGGGAAACGGGAAAACCACCCUACCCCCUCCUAUCCCCAAGGGGAGCCGUUCCCAGCUUGACCCGUCCUGUGGCUGGGAGCGGAGCAGGAUUUGCCUCUGAUUUCGCUUUGUUUCCCGCAGGGAAAUCGCCGCUGCCCGAGGAGAAGCGCCGGGAGCGGAAGCCGCGCGUUCUGUUCUCGCAGGCUCAGGUGCUGCAGCUGGAGCGGCGCUUCCAGCGGCAGGAAUACCUGUCGGGGCCGGAGAGGGAGCAGCUGGCGCUGCAGCUGCAGCUCAGCCCCGCGCAGGUGAAGAUCUGGUUCCAGAACCGGCGCUACAAGAGCAAGAGGCGGCGGCGGGAGGGGAGCGCGGCGCCGGCCCCGCGCAGGGUGGCGGUGCCCGUGCUGGUGCGCGAUGGGAAACCUUGUCCCGGGGGUUCCGCGCCUGGUUCAGCCCCCUGUGCCGUUCCAAGUGGGUUUUCCUGCUGCGGCGGAGGAGUUUUAUGGGCGGGAUGCGGAGGGGGGUACGCCGGGGUGUCCCCAAGUGUCACCCCCGGCGGGGCGCAGAGCCAAAGCUCGGCUGUGCCAGCGGGAAUCUGGAGGUGAGGAGGGAGCCCAGCCCUGCUCGGGACAGGAUUUCUGCCAGCCUGGACACAGGAAUGAUCCCAGCACAUCCCUGGAAAGGGAGAGACACACCGCUGAGACACCCGAUAAUUAUAAAUUAUUUAUUAUUAAACGCAG